GUAGUUUUGUGAAAAAAAAUAUCCCAAACAGGAAAUGUGUAAUGCAAAGUAUGGCAGCUGUCUUGUGUGUUGAUGUUUUGUAAGUUGUCGUCAGCACUUUUCUUAGUGACCACGAUGACAAACGAACGAAUAGGAGAUGCGCAGUUUUAUAUCUGUAGCUGUUUUAUGACAGACAACAUUUUUCUCGAGGACUACAAGCUUCACGUUCGUUUUAUGACAGAGGAUCAGUUCAGACGAGAAUAUGAAUCACUUCUGAAGAGCCUUGGCUGCGUUACGGAGCAACAAUUUGGGGAUGUCCUAAACAAGAUUUCCAAGGAAGUGGACAGGCGAUUGUGUCUUGCUGAGACAUCCCUGAAUAGAGCUGCUGUCAUAAAAAACACAUACCGGCCUCUGCAUCCUCAUGUCUACCAUUUGCAGGAGACGUUCCUUGCGCCAGAGUUCAAGCACAUUGUCAAGUAUUGUCAAAGUCAAAAUGUCACGCUCAAAAGUCUUUCUGACUUGUUGGCAAAAGAAACAGCUCCCAGGGUUUAUCGCUUCCCGGUGUUCAACAAGAGCUUCUGUGCGGAUCUGCUGAACGAGCUGGAGCACUUUGAGCGUUCUGCAGCACCCAAAGGUCGACCCAACACCAUGAACAACUAUGGGAUCCUCCUAAGUGAACUUGGCUUUGACCAAGGCUUUGUCACACCUCUUCGUGAGCAGUACCUCCACCCGCUGGCGUCUGUGCUCUAUCCUGAUUGUGGAGGUCACUGCCUGGACAGUCACAGAGCCUUUGUCGUCAAAUAUGACAUAAAAGAAGACCUGGACCUCAGCUACCACUACGAUAACGCGGAGGUCACACUCAAUGUCUCAUUGGGCAGGGACUUCACAGAGGGAAAUCUUUACUUUGGUGAUAUGAGACAGGUGCCUUUAAAUGAGACCGAGUGUUCAGAGAUAAAACACAGAGCAGGUGAGGGCAUUCUUCACCGGGGCCAGCACAUGCAUGGGGCCCUGCCCAUCUCUUCUGGUCAGCGUUGGAACCUCAUCAUCUGGAUGAGAUCUUCCCAGGAGCGCAAUAAACUUUGCCCAAUGUGCAAUAGGAAGCCAGUUCUGGUAGAAGGAGAGGGCUUUGCUGACGGAUUCACCAGACGCUCCACUCGGCUGCUUGCCGACUUCUGUGAACUCACCUGACAUAUUUGACUCGGAGUGUGCCUUCUCCAUUUUUGACAUGAGACAAUUUUUUUCAGAGGUACCACAACCAUCUACCUGGGUUGAUUCAAGUGGCUACUUACUGGGUAGGGAAGUUGAUGUGCUAUGUGAAGCUAGCGUCCGUAAACAACAGCUGAAUAUGGGUGUUGUGUCAGGUAAACAUUAGUGCUCUGGUGCCUGGUUCAUCAUCCAGACCCAAUAAACGCUGUGAAGUCGUGCACAUUGAAGUCAUUUUGUGUCAGAUGAUGGGACACUGGCCCAGGUCAUAAAUGCCCUGUGAAUUGUCAUACUGGUACCGGUAAUCAUUUGUAAAAUUGGACGUGAGAUGAUUCGUAAAAUGUAAACUGCAGUUAAUAGUGUGGUUUAUUAUUGAAUUAUGUUUCUUCUUAGUUAAUUCAAAAUGCUUUUUGUCCACUCAUGUCUUAAGAUGGGACAUCUUCCUGACACUUAUUUCACAUUAAGAAUGAAAUCAGAGCGCCAUUGUCGUGCAACCAUCAGAAACCAAAAUGUGUGUAGCUCAUCCAGUUUUUCUGACAGAAACUUCAGCCAUCUCAAAUAAUUACCCUCAUGUAGUGCGUUCAGUCAUUGCUUAUCAUGUGGCGAGACUUAGCGUGUAUGCUGAAAGGCCGUUGUGCUUGACAUCAUUUUUCUUGGCAGUUAAGUUGAACUUAAAGUUUCUAUCGAAAGAUGCCAGAAACAGCGCAUGUCACAAGACAGUAUUUUUAAUAUCAUAAAUAUUUCAGUUAAGCAACAAGUGAGGCAUUUUGACACAUUUUCCAAAUCGGCCUGCUCAUCAUUUCUCAUCCAGCACAGUAUUUGUAAAAACAAAGACUUGAACUGUCCACCCUGCUUAAUAAACCCAUAAGAACAUCAA